CCGACCUUUCCAGAUCAACAUCCUCUCAACCGCCCCAGAGCGAACGAAAACAUCGAUAUGGCUCCCAAACCACCUUCCGCAUCGAAGAAUAACCCGAAAGCCCGCAAGUCUGCCACCGCAGGACCUUCUACCUCAAAAUCGAAGUCGGCAAAACGCCCUUCAUCCAAACAAGUAAAGACAAGACCAGGCUCACAUUCAAACACCGGCUCGUCGAACGCAAAGACGUCGAAAAAGCACGCACGAACGUACACAGACAAAGAACUCGGCCUGCCAACCUUGAACAUGAUUACCCCCGUCGGUGUGCAGAAACCCAGCGGGAAGAAGAAGGGCAAGAUCUUCGUUGACGACAAGGAGAGCAUGAUGACAAUCCUGGCGAUGGUCAACGCCGAGAAAGAGGGACAGAUUGAAAGCAAAAUGAUGAAGGCCCGGCAGAUGGAGGAGAUCCGCGAGGCCAGGCGGGCAGAGAUGGAGAAGAAGAAAGAGCACAAGCAGCAGGCGCUGGAGGAAGUCAAGAAGGGGUUGAAGAAGGGGAAGAAAGGCAGCGACAAGGAGCUGCAGGCCGAGAGAGAUGUCCCGAAAGAGAAGAAGAGCAAGAAGCGCGUUUCAUUUGCGUGAAUGUGAGGGAGAAAAGGCUUGGAAAGAGACUUUAUGGCUCUAUGCGUCUAUGAGGUCUAUGACAGUCUAAUGCUGUGCUGGGAUGUGCAUUUUCCUCCUCAUGGGCUCGAACACUGGCUUCAGGGGAUCUCUUUGCUCUCGAGAUAUUUGUCCCUCGAGCUGAGAGCCGGCGGCAUCGGUUUGAGAUAUUGCGUCGAGGUCUAUCUCUCGCGCCAUUGUCUGAAAGAAGACUGUGGUCUGAGGGGGAGAGAUCAACCUGUCAGCUCCACGAAGGAGAAGUAGGUCAGGCUGGGGUGGGACUUACUGCUCUGGCAAACCAUCUUUUGCCGCCGAGUUCGAACCAGCUCAGAUGACCACCCGUUGUUGUGGUGCAUAGUACACCAUAUGGUGUCUGUUGGACUUCUUCUCGAGGCAAGGCUUCGCUUGCAGUCACCUAUCCUGUUAGCAAGGACCGACAUGCGGGAGCGUCGACCCACCGGAUCAUCUUCUGCAUGGAUCGCCAGGAAUGGAACCCUUAUGGCAAACAGAGAGUCAAUGGACGAUGCAUCGCGAUAAUAGGCUCCUUCGGUCGGGUAACCCCACGUUGGGCCUUGCACAUGUCUAAAGCGAUCAGAAACUCGGUGUCAGAAGAGUGGAGGAGGCAUACCGGUCAAAUUCGUGAAGAUACCUGAUCUUGCGGACAACGUCCACAUUGAUCUUGGGGUUGGUGGAGAUUUGGUCAACAUGACUGCAGCCUUUUCAUGCUCUUGCCCAUCGCCGCCGAAUAUGCAUUUCGAUUGAACCACGUUCUCUGCAAGGCGAGACUGCCAGCGUGCAGGUCCCACGGAUUAGACAGUAUAACGGCUGCUUUGAACAAACAGUUGCUGCCUUCUUCGCCGAGAUACUAUACGAAUUAGCACAAAGGGAGGACCAACGAUUCAUACUUACGUUGGUGAGAAUGUUGGCUCCAAGCGAGAAUCCAAUUCCAAACAGAGGUCGAUUGGGAAAGGUCUUUCUC